GGACUUGUUUGUCUUGUCCAACCAUAUCCACAAGGCACAGCUCCUUCAGAUGCUGUCUCUGCAAGUCCCCCCUCUUCGCGGAAAUCUCUUAUCGUCAUCACCUUCUCUUCUCGUCACCGGCAAGUCUCGGGUGAAUCCCGAAACCAACCAGCAUGGUAGCGAGAUUGUUACUUUUAAGACGAGAAGAGCAAGGCGGGGACUCCGUUCUUCAUCUGUCACUGCACGGGCGGCUGAGAAGAGUGAGUCGCAGUCGCAGCAGCAGUAUGAGAUAGACCAGGACAAGGCUCGGGAAGCCCUCUCGAAGCUCGACCAGCAGCUCGAAAGCCUCUCCAAGAAACCAAUCCCCUCACCUAAAAUCAGAGCUUCGGAUGUUAAGCUGUCAAGGGAUCGGACUGCAACAGAAGAAGACGCAACCGAGCUCUCAGGAUCCUUCCUGGCAUAUUUAACGGUUGCCCUUCUGGUGUUCACCAUCUUCUAUAAUGUGCUAUUUUAUACCGUCAUAAAGCCCUCCAUCGACGGACCUGAAUACACCCCCGAGAUUCCAUUAGUAAGUUCGGAAGCUCUAGCCAGCUCCAUCACCUCAAGCUCUUUGCCAGCUGAAGAUUUCAAUGGAGGAAGCUAGCAACUGAGUUGAAGGGCCAUUUUUGGUGUGAGUACUAAUGAAUAGAGUUCACCUUAUUAUAUUGUGUAAUCAAGCUACUACUUCUAGUAUUACCAUAAUGUCCAUUUUUCAAGAGUGGACCAUACAUCGGACUGCUGGUGCAAUAGGUUCAACCGGAAGUUUGAUGACGCCUACGUGGUUUUGGAGACACUGUGACUAUCAGAAAUAUGUUUUUUUGAGUUUAACAAGAAAAAAGAAACGGUGAGGUUGGUCGAUGUAA